AUGAUACCAUUGCUCGGACUCUCGAUCGUCCCCUCAUAUGCCGAGCCUCGGGUUCCUCAAGAAGAAGAGAACCAGGGACGCCAACGGAGAGAAUCCCUCCAGCUCACCUACAAGUCCGGUAACCCCGUCUGUUUCAAGAUCAUCUCAAGCCAACUCCGGCUCGGCCGACGGUGGCCGCCUCCCCUCUUUCCCUCUCCCUCCAUCCACAUCUACGUCGGCUUCCGCCGCGCCUGCUACUCUAACUCCGACAAUCUCAGCUUCGGCGGCUUCGGCGACGUCGACUGGAGACACCCCCUGAUGUCGAAUCUUGCAGCGCAGCAGCAGCAGGCAUACCCCAGCUCCUAUCAAGCUACAUCCUCGCCGGACCAACAAAAUCUACCAAGUAUCAGUAACCUGAUCAACCAGCCUCCGUCCCAGCAGUAUCUAGCGCGCCCCGAUACGCACCAAGGGCAUACCGUGAGCCCGGGAACAGAUCCUGACAAGCUCGCGCAAGCUCAAGCAAGCUCCGCCAUGGCUCCGCCUGCACAGCCCAGCGCUGGCCACGCAGAUACUGAGAAGCAGCUGCACGCCGGCCAAACUGCCCAGUCCGGGCAGCAGCCCACGGGCGGCCAGGGUACCCAACAAAAUGCUAGCGACGACACUGCGCCGGAUAGCCAAGGUAGGGUCACAAAGGGCAAGUAUUCGUUGCAGGACUUCGAGAUCUUGAGGACCCUUGGCACUGGUAGUUUUGGCCGAGUCCAUCUUGUACAGUCGAGGCACAACACGAGAUUCUACGCUAUCAAAGUGUUGAAGAAGGCGCAGGUCGUCAAGAUGAAGCAGGUAGAGCACACCAAUGACGAGAGAAAGAUGCUGGGAGAGGUCAAGCAUCCGUUCCUCCGUUUUCCUAACCCGGUCGCCAAAUUCUACGCCGCCGAGGUGACGCUAGCUUUGGAAUACCUCCACUCGAGAAACAUUAUAUACCGAGACUUGAAACCCGAGAACCUGCUGCUAGACCGCCAUGGCCAUCUCAAAAUUACCGAUUUCGGCUUUGCGAAAAGGGUCCCCGACAAAACAUGGACCCUGUGUGGCACGCCAGACUACCUCGCCCCGGAGGUGGUGAGUAACAAGGGUUACAACAAGUCUGUCGAUUGGUGGUCGCUGGGUAUCCUAAUCUACGAGAUGCUGUGCGGCUACACACCUUUCUGGGACAGCGGGUCGCCCAUGAAAAUCUAUGAGAACAUCCUCCGUGGCACUGUCAAGUACCCUACCUAUAUUAACCGGGACGCCCAAGACCUUCUUGAAAGGUUGAUUACCGCGGACAUCACGAAGCGGUUAGGUAACCUAUACAACGGAUCUGCAGAUAUUAAGAAUCAUCCCUGGUUUGCUGAAGUGACUUGGGAACGGCUCGCAAGAAAAGAUAUAGAUGCGCCUUACACGCCCCCAGUGAAAGCCGGCGUUGGUGACACAAGUCUCUUCGAUCGUUACCCAGAGGAAACAGAGAGCUAUGGCCAGACUGGAACUGACGAGUAA